AUGGAGACUCUGAUUAGUCUAACGAAUACCGGAAUCAAUUUGAAUAAGCCACUUUUGGAGCGGCUAUGCGCCGAAAUUGGGGAUCGGCAGGUGGGAGUUAUCGCGAUCACCGGCAAGUUCCGCGGCGGCAAAUCGUUCACCUGCAAUUCUUUGUUGAGAAGGCUGCAGAAAGGAGAUAAAAAGCCCUAUCUUCCUGAUGAAGUCAUUGGUGGUCCCGGCCAGAUCCCAUUCCAAACUGGCUAUGUUGCGCACACGAUGGGAAUUCAAGUUUGGCCAAAGAUCUUCAAAAAGAAGGGAGAAGAUGGAAAAGAGAUGGCUAUGCUGCUACUCGACACUCAAGGUACCUUCGAUACCCAGAGUGAGCCCGAGCUCUCGAUGAGAACCUCACUUAUCGCCCUGCUACUCUCUUCCUUUACCAUUCAAAACAGCAAAGAGCUGAUCGACUCCCAGCAGCUGGCCCACAUCUCGUCAUUUUUAGCGCUGGCUCGAAAGAAUCAGGAAAAGAUCGGCCAGAACUUCUUCUUCCUAAUCCGCGACCAAGCUGAAGAUACGGGAUUGGCGCAUGGCAAGGCAUAUCUGGAUUACGUGAAGGUAUCCGCUCGUCGCUCCCCCGAACUCCUUGGAAUGAUGACAGAUCUCGAAAGUGCCUUCGAAAAGCUUGAUGCUUGUCUACUUGUCCCACCAGCCGACGCCGUACGCACCGCCAGUGACAGAAUCUUGGCUAAGGACUGUGGCAAUCAAUUCCUGGAGCAAUUAAACGAGUGCGCCGACCACGCCGUUACGUCUUGCAAGCCAAAAACGGUGCUCGGCAACGAGCUGAAUGGCAUGCUCUACAAAAGUUAUGUCGAGAAAAUCUGCGAUGAGAUCAAGUCAAUGGACCUGAAGUGUAUCAGCUCCGCCUUCACGGCCACCGCUAUGCUCACUUUCGAACUCGCGAAAAAGGCUGGGAAUGAUGUGUUUGACGGUCAUUUUCAGAAGAUCACCGCCGCAACCAUCAAUGAAAGCGUACCUCCCACCGUGAUCCAGCGACAGGCGGACCAAGCUGUACAAGCUGCACUUCAGGUUUACGACACCGUCAAAUGCAUCGGAUCGGCCUUUGAGAAGCAGACGAGCCGCGAACACUUUGAGUCAAAUAUUAAGAAUCGCUGCGAGAACCUGGUCGAGCGAAAUAACACACGAUCCCUGACCGAAAAAUUGGGGAAGAGUGUGAAGGAGGCGAAGAAAAUCUAUAAGAAUGGCUUCAAAAGCGGAGGAAAUCUUUUCGACCAGAACGAGGCUGUCGAAUCAGAUCGGCUGCGCGAAAAACAUGCCGAAAGUAUGGAGGCGGCUUUUGAGUUGUUUGAUCGAGAAACUAGGGACGUUCGCCCCCGCCCGACCGUCAAUGAGGCUAGGCAAGCGCUAUUUGAGAAGUUUACUCAAAUGCACACCGAAAGAAGCCGCGAAAAUGCGCACAAACUGUUGAAGAACACCCUCAUCGUGCUGGCCGAGACAAGCGUCGCUGAUCUUGGGGAGCUGUGCGCCGAACUGGCCGACCACGUCGACCUCGAAUCUGAAAAGCAUAGCCUGAAGCGCCGGGUGAUGGACCAAUUCGACGAAGACGCGCCGGCGAUGGCCAAGCACUACGAAGAACAUCUCGAAAAGCGCACCAUUGACGAGAUCAUUCAAUGGGUCAUUAGAACGGAGCUGAUCCCAAAGUUGGGGGCUCGAGUCGAGCGCUUCAUCCUGGAGCAGACGCAUGCACGCCAGAUACGACAACUGGAGGAGAAGCUGAAGGCGAUACAGGAGGAUUUCGAUGAGCAGCAGGCGCAUUUGGUCGCUGAACUCGACGACCGACAGCGAUAUGUAGAUGAUCUUCGCGGUCAGCUUGAAGCUCAGAAUCUGAUGCUCGAAGAGUCGAGGAAAAGCAUGAUCAAUUUGAUGAAUUCGUAUGCGAAC